AAGUACCGAAAAUGAAGCUCAUCGACUCGGUCGUGCGGAGCUUCAAGGUGGCCAAGGUGUUCCGUGAGAACACGGACAAAAUCAAUGCGAUUGACUUCUCCGCCAAUGGCGAAAUGUUAAUCUCGUGCAGCGAGGACGAUCAGAUCGUGCUGUACGACUGCGAGAAGGGCACCCAGAUACGGACGGUCAACUCGAAAAAGUACGGCGUCGAUUUGAUACACUUUACGCACGCCAACAACACGGCCAUCCACAGCUCGACCAAGGUGGACGACACGAUCCGGUACCUCAGUCUGCACGACAACAAGUAUCUGCGUUACUUUCCCGGCCACACGAAGAAGGUGAUCUCGUUGAACAUCUCGCCCGUGGAGGACACCUUUUUAUCCGGAUCCCUCGACAAGACGCUCCGAUUAUGGGACCUGCGGUCACCGAACUGCCAGGGGGUGAUGCAGUUAAACGGCCGACCGGUGGCAGCGUACGAUCCGGAGGGCCUCAUUUUUGCGGCCGGUGUCAACUCGGAAAGCAUCAAGCUGUACGAUCUGCGAUCAUUCGACAAGGGACCGUUCGUGACGUUCAAGCUGAACCAGGAGAAGGAAUGCGACUGGACGGGGUUGAAGUUUUCGCGAGACGGCAAAACGAUCCUCAUCAGCACGAAUGGGUCCAUCAUUCGGUUAAUCGAUGCGUUCCACGGUACGCCCCUUCAAACGUUCACUGGACACCUCAACAACAAAGGCAUCCCGAUCGAGGCCUCGUUCAGUCCGGAUUCGCAGUUCAUCUUCUCCGGCAGUACAGACGGGCGAGUGCACGUCUGGAACGCGGACACGGGCUACAAGAUCUGUGUCCUCAAUGGUGACCAUCCCGGCCCGGUGCAGUGUGUGCAGUUCAAUCCGAAGUUCAUGGUGCUUGCAUCGGCCUGCACGAAUAUGGCGUUCUGGCUUCCUACUGGCGAUGAUGUUUAAACGAUGACGGAUAACCACUGAACCAGCUUGCUUUUUUU